UCGCGUGAAGUAAAAACAACAAACACAAACGAACAACCCGAACCCCCAGCAAAAACCCCAAAAUAGGCGAAACUCCUUGCUGCACCUACACACACCUACACACACACAGAAGUCGCCACUGAACCUUAAUUUCCCAACACAGAACAAAAAAAAAUAGCUUGAAAUGGGUUGCUGCUGUUCUAAGGAUUUGGAUGAUAAGCGCUCCUGGAGUCCGGAUGAGGCGAAAAACGGCAGCACAACAUCUACGAUUAUUGCGCAGCCCAUGGACAAUGAGGUGGGCGGAACGGGCGUGUUUACUUUAACUCGUACAACAACACAGGAGCAACAACAACAGACUAAAGUCGUUACAACAACAACAAAUAACGACAAUGCUGCCAACGAGCAGAACAACGAGUGAAGUGUUUGUUUUUUUGUUUUUGUUUUGAAUAUCUACCAUAAAAUACACAUGCAUGCAUAUACACAUACAUACAUACUCGUGUAUGUAUAGAUAUACAUAUAUGUAUGUAUAUAAAUAUAUAUAUAACUUUUUUUUUCUACAUAUGUACAUAACUUUUUAAAACAUGUGUGCUUGCCUUUCAAGAAGAAGAUGAAGAAGAGAAACAGCAAUGUAUGUGCAUCAGUGAGUGUGCGUGUGUGUGUGUGUGUGUGUGUGUGUGUGUGUCUGUGUGUGGGUGAAUGCGAGUGUAUGUGUGUGCGUGCGUGUUUACAUUUUAUUGAACAAGAAGAAAACAAAUUAAACAAGAAGCUGUUGUUUAUGUAUAAAGCCAGUUACUAAUAAAUUGUUGAACCUUGCAAACGAAACGAAAA